UUGGCAGUAGUGAUCGUGGCUGCGGCGGCGGAGACUCGAGACAAGCGCGGGCUGGUCCUCGCCUCACCCUACCUGAGCGCGUACGGCGCAGCGCCGCUGCUCUCCUCGCACGCACUGCACUCACCUCUUCUGGGCGCACACUCCCUCUACUCCUCUCCUUACCUUGCCGGCUCACCUUACCUUAGUUCCAGCUCCCUAUAUUCCCCUCUGUAUGGCUCCUACUAUUCUCCAAGCCUUUACGGUUCUCCUUACCUCUAUGGCGCACAUGGUCCACUACUCACCUCGCUCUCUUCUCCUCUGAUCUCUGCUAACGGAUACUCAUCUCCUGUCAUCAUCGCCCAUUCCUCGCCGGAAGUUACGGUGGUGAAGACUUCUUCCGAGGUACUGGCGGUGGUGAUCGUGGCCGCUGCGGCGGAGACUCGGGACAAGCGCGGGCUGGUCCUCGCCUCGCCCUACUUGAGCGCGUACGGCGCGGCGCCGCUGCUCUCCUCGCACGCUCUGCACUCACCUCUUCUGGGCGCACACUCCCUCUACUCCUCUCCUUACCUUGCCGCCUCACCUUAUCUUAGCUCCAGCUCCCUAUAUUCUCCUCUGUAUGGUUCCUACUAUUCUCCAAGCCUUUACGGUGCUCCUUACCUCACUUCAAGUUCUCUCUAUGGCGCAUACGGUCCGCUACUUACUUCUCCUCUAAUCUCUGCCCAUGCUCAUUCCACUCCCGUUAUCAUCGCACACUCCUCGCCAGAAGUUACGGUGGUAAAGACUUCUUCCGAGGUUCACUCAAGUCACUCGAAACGGGAGUCUGAACACUAG